CUUCCUGUUUUGAUUUAACACACGUGUUUUUGGAAACUGUAAACAAACAAAUAUGCCUAAAAAUAAAGGUGGCGGAGGAGGGAAGGGUGGUGGAAAAGGAGGAAAAGGAGCAGAAGGUGGUGGAGAUGAAGGAAAACAAGCAAAAGGAGGAAACGCUGUCAAAGUUAGACACAUUCUUUGUGAGAAACAGUCAAAAUGUUUAGAAGCUAUGGAAAAGUUAAAGGGAGGGAUGAAGUUCAAUGAAGUUGCAGCUACAUAUAGUGAAGACAAAGCAAGAUCUGGGGGUGAUUUAGGUUGGAUGAUCAGAGGAAGUAUGGUUGGUCCCUUUCAAGAUGCAGCUUUUGCUCUCCCUAUAAGCUCUCUGGGAAAUCCUAAUUACACAGACCCACCUGUCAAAACUAAAUUUGGAUACCAUAUAAUAAUGGUUGAAGGCAAGAAAUGAUGUAUUGGUGAAUUUAGACAACAUUCAGCACGAACUUACUAAUUGAUCAAUAAAUGAUGCAACUCCUCAUCAAACAAUCUGUACCUCAAAUAUUUACAUUAUUAGUAUCUGUAAUUUGGUUUAAAAUAUGUUGAAAACUGCCACUUAUUAGAAUGCUUUGCAAGUUUUACCAUUUUCUGGUUAUGAAAAGUUAAGAUAACUUUACUAUUUUAUGUCUGUUAUUGAUGUAUGGAUAGCUGAUAUGCAGCUCCUCCUCAGACUAACACAAUAAGCACUUAUGACCAAUCAUACUACACAGGCAAAAUAGAAAUCUUUGUGUAAGUAGUGUAGAAAAGAUUAAUUCCAUCUUAUUAAAGUUGUAUUAUCAUUAUUGGUUAUCUUAAAAAAAUCUUGGAUACUAAUGAAAGAUUAUUAUUGUGCAAAAUCAGUGAUUAGAAUGUAUGGUUUUUGUCAUAUUGUUGUGUAUGAUGUAUGGUUGUUUGUUCAUGAUUCCUAUGUUUUCUAUAUACUUAUUUACUAUGUAUGCAUUUAUAAAACGAAAAUAAAAAUUAAAAAAAAAGUUUAA